GCAGCUUCGAACAGUUUCCCGCCGCUCUUCGGUCGUUCCCAGCGGGCAGAGAGAAGAGAAGCGGACCGGACUAUGUCGGCGGCUCCCGGACGGAUGAUGAUGGCCUGGGUUUGGAUCAGCUUGGUGACUCUAGCCCGGCUCAACACGACGGAGGGGACGCACCGGGACGCAGACGGAGGUUUGGCCGGCCUGGAGGCGCUGUUCUCGGACUCUGAGCCGCCGGGGGAGACCCGGAGCGGUGGAAGCUUCUUCCCGGUGCCUGUCUGGCAGUCCCUGAAAGGGGAUGAUGAUGAUGAUGAUGAUGAUGAUGAUGAUGAUGAUGGUGGUGGUGAUGAUGGUGACUGUGGAGGAGACGGAGACUUCGGCCAGCCGCAGUUUCGCUGCAGCAGCAGUUCGCUCUCUGUUCGCUUCUCGCUCAUCCGACACUCUGAUCUGCGUCUGCUGGACGGGAGGAGGUUGUUGCUGCCGGAUGGGUGUCGUGGUUCUGUUCGUACCGUCGGGCCGUGGCUGCUGCUGGAGCUCCCCUAUACCAGCUGCCACCUGUCAUUACAGAUGUCAAAUGGAACAUGGUUUCAUCAGCUGAGAGUGCAAUACUUUGACCAUCUGCUGCAGGCAAACAUGACUGGUGUUGCCGCCUGUGAGAAUCCUGCAACAUCGCUCCAACUGGCGCCACCAUUAGUGGCCUGCAGAACAACAGAUAUCACUGUGAAACUGCCUCUUGGGACAAGACUGAAGAGGGUAAAAGCUCUGGGUAAGGAUGGUGUAGUUGGGAGAAUGCUGACGAUGACUACCCCAGAUGCAGUGCUUGUGCAGAUAUCCACACCAGCGAAUACAGAUUCCAGCUUUGAAAUGGCUUAUUGCAACUCAGCUGGGGAAAUGUCCACGAUGCUGGCAGCUUGUUUCAGUGCAGUAACAGGAAGUGGGUUGGCUCGUCGCCGAAGACAUUCAGGCCACCUGUGGCCACAAAACACAGACAUAGAGAGUCUGUGGGAUGAAGCAAAUGAGUGGACGGAGAGUCCUGACGAUGAGACAACGGAGAGUCCUGACGACAAUGACGACACAACAGAGACGACGACUACAACGACGACUGAGAGUCCUGACAACAAUGAUGACACAGAGAUGACAACGGAGAGUCCUGACGAUGACGACACAGACACAACGGAGAGUCCUUCUGAUGACGAUACUGUGGUAACCGCACCAGUAACGAUACAGGCAACGUAUGCUGAUUCAGAAAUCUUUGAAUUGUGGGGCUUCAGUGAAAUUCCUGAUGGGCCAUAUACUGGGGACCCUACCACAUCUGCUCCUCCCACAACAUCCACUGUUGCCCCAACCACCAGCACUGCUCCAACUACCACGACCAGUGCUGCAACCACCACCAGCACUGCUCCGACUACCACAACCAGUGCUGCAACCACCACCAGCACUGCUCCGACGACGACCACGACCAGUGCUGCAACCACCACCAGCACUGCUCCGACGACGACCACGACCAGUGCUGCAACCACCACCAGCACUGCUCCGACGACGACCACGACCAGUGCUGCAACCACCACCAGCACUGCUCCGACGACGACCACGACCAGUGCUGCAACCACCACCAGCACUGCUCCGACGACGACCACGACCAGUGCUGCAACCACCACCAGCACUGCUCCGACGACGACCACGACCAGUGCUGCAACCACCACCAGCACUGCUCCGACGACGACCACGACCAGUGCUGCAACCACCACCAGCACUGCUCCGACGACGACCACGACCAGUGCUGCAACCACCACCAGCACUGCUCCGACGACGACCACGACCAGUGCUGCAACGACCACCACCAGCACUGCUCCGACGACGACCACGACCAGUGCCCCAACCACCACCACCAGCACUGCUCCGACCACUACCACGACCAGUGCCCCAACCACCACCACCAGCACUGCUCCGACCACUACCACGACCAGUGCCCCAACUACCACCACCAGCACUGCUCCGACCACUACCACGACCAGUGCCCCAACUACCACCACCAGCACUGCUCCGACCACUACCACGACCAGUGCCCCAACUACCACCACCAGUGCUGCAACCACAAGCGCUGCCCCAGCGACCAGCACUUAGAAAAGUGAUUCUCCAACCCUCCCAUCCACUCCCUCAAACCCCUCAUCACCUCACUGUUUUGAAAUAAACUAAAGCUUUGCAUCA